AUGGCGCCAGAGGCUGUGAAGCAGGGUGCAGUGAAGAUGGGCCGCCCUUCGGACAUCUGGUCAUUGGGAAUCAUCCUGUACCAGAUGGUUUACAUGAAGGCCCCGUUCGCCCACCUGGAUCCAAUGCAACGACUCUUUGCGUUGACGGUGACGCGCUCGGACAAGGAUGGGGACGAGCUCGAGAAAUUGCGGGACUUUUUUCUUGGAUAUAUGCUGUAG